UGUUGUCAGUUGCACCUGUUCAAAAGUAUAGACAGUGUGUGUUUUUAUUACAAAAAAUAUAUAAUGGCAUCAUUUUCUUUAAAUUUACAAAGACGCGUUGAAUUAAGUUUAAUUGCAACUGGUAAAUUUGAUGGUUCACAUGCAUGUUUAACGGCAGCCACUUCCGGUGGUAAUAUUAUUGUUCACAGUCCUCAUAGAUCAUCAGAAGAACUAUUUGGAAAUUCACAAUCCGUCGGCCGUUUAUCCUGGAGCGGUGAAAUAGCAGAAUUACAUAUUGGCCAGCAGGUCACAGCAUUAUGCAUUGGACGACUUGAAGAAGAUGAAAGAGAAUUUCUUCUUGUUGGAACACAUACACAUAUUCUUGCUUAUCAAAUUGAAGACAAUGCAGAUCUUUUUUAUAAAGAGAUGCGGGACGGAGUACAUCAUAUUACAACUGAAAGAUUAGGAUGGAUCAAGCAACAAGUAAUUAUUGUAGGAGGAAAUUGUUCUGUUACUGUUAUGGAUCAUGAAGGAAAUGAGCUUUACUGGACAAUUGCAAGUGGAAUUGUGAAAGUAAUAAUCGCCUUUGAUUUCGAUGGAGAUGCUCAAAAUGAGUUAUUGAUUGGAACUGAAGAUUCUGAGAUAAAAGCUCAAAAAGAAACAUUAGUUAUGUGGCAAGUAAAGGAAACUUCACCAGUAUCAGCACUUCUUACUUUGCCAGGGAGGAAAUUUGCUUAUGCUGUUGCAAACGGAACUGUUGGUGUCUAUGAAAAUGGAACAAGAAUUUGGAGAGGAAAAUCAAAACAUAAAAUUACGUCCAUGAAAACAUUUGACAUAAAUGGUGAUGGUGUUUUGGAACUAAUUACUGGUUGGACAAAUGGUAAAGUUGAUGCAAGAAUUUGUUCAACUGGUGAAAUUAUUUUUCGAAUUCAAUUAAACUCGGCGAUUGCAGGAAUUGUUGAAGCCGAUUAUAGAAGAACUGGUAGAGCAGAUUUAGUCAUUGUAUCUGAGAACGGAGAAGUACGUGGAUAUCUAUCAGGAACGACUAUGGAUAUUUCAGAACCAGGUGAACUUUAUCGUCAUCUUUUGACUAAAAAAGAAGCACUUGAAGUGGAAAUUCGUCAACGACAAGUUUCUACUCCAAGUCUUUUUAUGGGCACAAAAUUAGCAGUUAAUUUAACUUCAACGAGAGGUGCUGUACGUUUAGCCUUAGCAUCUGGUCCUGGACUAGUGAUAUUUUGUGCCAUCGUCUUUGCAGAAGAAAUAUUUGAGGGCGAAACAUUUGUAGCUCAUCCAAGAAAACCGACUGGUGAAUUGGAAAUUGAACUUCGUCCACCAAAAGAUGGUCCUAUUGAUAUUCAUAUGAAAACUUUUGUAGGAAGUCCUGGUUCAGAUUUAUUACAAGUUUAUGAGCUUAUGCAACAGUUACCCUCCUUUUGCAUGUAUGAAAUAAUAAAUCCAGCUGAUGCAAAAAUUGAAGAUUUAAAAGAUACUGGUGUUAAGUUUGAGACUGGCGACAGACCACAACGAAUUGCAUUGUGGUUAAAUAGAAGUUUGGCUAUUUCGGAAGAAUUAGAAAUAGACGUGGAUGGUCCAAAUGCUGGAAGAUUAGAUCUCUGCUUGCGUGGAUUAAGAGACAAUAAACUACAUUUUUUAAGUGUGAACGCAAGUGGAAGAGUCAAUAUGUUAACUACAGAUCCAACAUUUGCUGGAGACGUUGUUCAAUCAUUAGCCAAUUAUCUUGGUAUUGUAGAACUUAGUUCGGAAGCUAAUUUUCCAGCAGAGGAAAAAAGAAUGGUUGAAAUUCUAGAAAAAGUUAAAGAAUUAAAAGAAAUUGAAGUAAAACUACAAACUGAAGCGGCAGGAGUUACAAAUGUAUUAAAAGCUCUGAUGAUUCGUUUGGAAGACUCAAGAAUUCUUGACGAUGCAAAAGGAAUGAGAAAAAGAAUUACACAAUUACAAAAUGUUGGAGAAAAUUUUAUGAGAGAAAAUGAGAUCCGAGAUAACAAUUAUAAAGAACUUACUUCAGCACUUAAAGAGUUAAACUCUGGUGUACAGAAUGCUUCCAGGAUAAGAGUUGGAAGUGCUGCGACUAAUGCAAUCAAUCGAUGUAGGGCGGCAAUAAAAGAUGAGAAUCCAAAGGCGUUAAUUCAAGCUAUUCGAAACGGAUAAAAAUUUGGAUGAUGGAAAAAAAAUUGCAGAAGUUAUUUAUGAUUCUAAAUCUAAACUGAUUGUGAGAAAAUAAAGAAAAUCGGAGAUCAGUUUUAAAAUCAUAGUUUAAAAACAUUUCGUGGGAAAAUUCGUGUCUCUUGUCGACUUUACAAAUUCCAUGACAUAUAUAAAAAUAAUGACUGAAUAUUUUUUAAGUAAUUUUUAAUGAGGCACGGGAACUAUUGUUUUUCAUGUAAAAUAUUGUGCGAGUGAAUCUAAAGGUUUGAAGUAAAGUAAAAUAAUUAUUAUUUAGAUUAUAGGAUAAGAAUUGCAAUUAAGUUAAAAAAUAUAAUUGUGCAAUGAUUAAUGUAAGGAAUGUAAUGUAUAUUUGGUGCCUUAAACUGUACUUUAUGCAGAAAAUGUAAAUAAACAUUACUUUUUAACAAAA